AUGUUGCAGUAUCUCAUCGAAUCAAAGUGUGACGUCAACCAGACUACUACUACUUUACGCCGAACCGCAUUACACUUUGCAGUGCUCAAUCACAGAAUGGCAUGUAUGAUUCUACUGAUCGGAGCGAAAGCAAAACUUGACUCAAAAGACACAUUUGGGAACUCUCCAUGUCACUAUGCCGCUGACGACGGCUACUGCCAAAUUCUGGACGUGCUGAUCCGACGAGGAGCUGACGUGAAUAGUCAGGACAUCACCUCAAAAACUCCCUUGAUGAAGGCCGUUCGAAACAUUAAGACAGAUGCUGUGCUAAAACUGAUACGGGCUAACUGCAAUUUAAACAUAACAGAUAGAAACAGUGAUAUGGCCCUCCACUACGCGGCCAGAAAUGGAGGAGUUGACAUUAUCGACCUUCUUAUGGCUUCGGGAAGUCAAGUAGAUGUCCAGAACUAUUGGGGAAGAACACCUUGCAUGGAAGCCGUCUGCUACAACCAGAAAGAGGCUGUGGCACUGCUCAUCAGAGCUAACUGCGAUUUGAAUCGACGCGAGUUUAAAACUGGGGAUACAGCCCUUCACAUUGCAAUUCGCAGGAACUACACGUCUGUCGUACGCCUCUUGCUAGCAGCUGGCAGUCGUUAUGAUAUCUACAACCACCAGAGAGAGACAGCUGCCUACGAUGCAGUCGUUUCAAACAAAAUUGAAAUCAUUCAAGCAAUGAUUGAACACAAUUGCGAUUUAGAAGUGCCUGGGAAGUAUUACUCGGACGGUGUCUACAAGUCCCUCUUUCAGAUUGCGGCGGAGAAAGGCCAUUUCGAGACAUGCCGUCUACUUGCACAGUUCGGAUACCUCGAUUUCAGUGCACGUGUCUUCUUCCACACAAAUUACUUUCCGACACGGGUCAGCGACAGUGAUGCUGCAGUACAAUGGUUGCGGAAGAAACUGCAAACAGUCACAUCAUUACAGUUUGGUAUUAUCUUAUUCCCUUUCUUUUCUUUCUCUUUUUUCUUCUGUUUUUUCUCCUUUUUUUCUUUGUUUUUACUUUUCUUGGUUUUUAUUUUUCUCUUUCUUUUCUCUUUCUUUUUUUUCUUUUCUCUUUCUUUUUUUCUUUUCUUUACUUUUUCCUUUUCAUUUUUUUUUUUAAAUAGUUACACUCUAGUCACGACAUGA